UCAAUCACUUCCCUCGCCUUUGCUUUUUAUUUGACUUGUUUUUACCCACUCACAUGUAAAGGAAACUUGGUUAUUAUUGUGAAAUAGUUGGAAAUUGGAAACAACUUUUGAAAUUAUAAUAAAAUCAUGGCGGUUCGCGUACAAUUCGAGAAUAAUAAUGAAGUGGGUGUGUUUAGUAAAUUGACGAACGCGUACUGCCUCGUUGCUAUCGGCGGCUCGGAGAACUUCUACAGCGUGUUCGAGGCAGAGCUCGCGGAGACGAUUCCCGUGGUUCACGUCAGCAUUGCCGGGUGCCGAAUCAUCGGUCGCAUGACAGUCGCCAACAAGAACGGCCUUUUGGUGCCCUCGUCCACAACAGACACAGAAUUGCAACACAUUAGAAACAGUUUACCGGACAACGUCAAGGUACAGCGCGUCGAGGAGCGGUUGAGCGCGCUCGGUAAUGUGAUCACUUGCAAUGACUAUAUAGCUCUCGUGCACCCAGAUUUGGACCGCGACACUGAAGAAAUUUUAGCCGACACGCUAAACGUGGAAGUGUUCAGACAAACGGUGGCAGGGAAUACACUGGUAGGCACGUACGCGGCGCUCAGCAACCGCGGCGGCCUCGUGCACCCCAAAACUAGCAUACAGGAUCAGGACGAGCUCUCAUCACUACUACAAGUACCCUUAGUGGCGGGCACAGUGAACAGAGGCAGCGACGUGAUAGGCGCCGGGCUGGUAGUCAACGACUGGUGUGCCUUUUGUGGAAUGGACACUACAUCAACAGAAAUUUCAGUUAUAGAAAGUGUAUUCAAGCUAAAUGAUGCGAAACCAACAGCGAUCACAUCGACCAUGCGGGCAUCACUGAUUGACAGCAUGUCAUAACAUCGGUCCGUACUUCGUUUGCGGGCUGAAUUAGGGAGUUGUGAUAAGAGAAUUUUAUUUAAGUUCAUCUCAUAUUUGUAAAUUGUUAAGACAGAGUUUCUGUUAAACAGAUUGCAUGACAACCAAUGAGUCUUGAUCUAUAAAUAUAGAUUAAACAUUU